AUGGCCGAUACUGCAGCUUCGCGCCCCCCAAGCACAGCAGAACAGCUUAUAAGGUCGUCGUCGAAGCGGACACGAGAGAUAUUCGCCGCCGAUUUUGCCUCUUCUGCGGCGCUAGAUCACGCCUCCAAUGGUAGCUUCUCGAUACAUCCAACCACACCAGCACCCUCGGCCGCCGCAGACCAAGUAGGUGUCGCAUCGCGUAUUCGCAACGAAUAUGAGCACGUGCGCGAUCUACCACCUGCGCUGGCUGCGAAAAUGGCGAGUGCAGCAUCUACAGCUGCUGAGCGACGUAAGAAGAUCAAGGCGCAGAAUGCUGAGGAGAAGGCUUCAGAUCCCAAGAUGCAAAGGAUGAUUGAGGGCGUCUCAGAAAAGGCGGACAAGGCUAAGGAUGCACAGUCUAUGCAGCUGGCAGUAAGGGCAGGAGGAAAGGGCGCCGCUCCAAAUGCGCAGGGACCUACACCGAAUAGGAACCAGACAUCCAGCGCGCUGGUUAGGAAGGACGUUGUCAGGCAAGCGAAGCCCGACUGGCAUGCGCCCUGGAAGGUCAAGACGGUCAUCAGUGGCCACAUGGGAUGGGUUCGAUCAGUGGCCAUGGAGCCUGGAAACCAAUGGUUCGCUACUGGCGCCGCAGACAGAACCAUCAAGCUUUGGGAUCUCAUCAGUGGCCGGUUGAAGAUCACACUCACAGGACAUAUCUCGGCCGUCCGAGGGCUCGCAGUCAGCCCAAGGCACCCAUACCUCUUUUCGUGCGGAGAAGACAAGAUGGUCAAGUGCUGGGAUCUGGAAACCAACAAAGUAAUUCGACAUUACCACGGCCAUCUCAGCGGUGUCUACUCCUUAUCGCUCCACCCAACCGUAGAUGUGUUAUGCACAGGAGGACGAGACGGUGUAGUCCGCGUAUGGGACAUGCGAUCGCGCAGCAACAUCCACGUCCUCGGCGGCCACAAGGGCACCAUUUCCUCGAUCCAAUGCCAAGAAGCCGAACCCCAAGUCCUCUCUGGCAGUAUGGACAGCACCAUCCGCCUCUGGGACCUCGUCGCUGGAAAGACGCGCACAGUACUAACUCACCACAAGAAAUCCGUCCGCUCCCUCGCCAUCCACCCCACCGAAUUCACCUUUGCCUCUGGCUCCGCACAAUCCGCAAAGCAAUGGCUCUGCCCCAACGGCGACUUUAUGCAAAACUUCUCCCCCGUCGAGAGUAUCAUCAACACGCUGUCUGUAAACGAGGAUAACAUCAUGUUUGCUGGUAGCGACAAUGGCGAAGCUGCCUUCUACGACUGGAAGACUGGGCAUCGCUUCCAACACACGGAGAGCAUCGCGCAGCCUGGUUCCCUCCAGGCCGAAGCCGGUGUCAUGUGCUCGACGUUUGAUAAAACCGGUCUUCGUCUUAUUACCGGUGAGUCGGAUAAGUCGAUCAAGAUUUGGAAGCAGGAUGAGAAUGCGACCGAGGAAACGCAUCCAUUGGACUGGAAACCCACGCUGGGACGCCAGAAGUAUUAG